UCUCUCUCACUCACUCUGCGCGCGUGUGUGUUUACAGACGGGAAUACUGCGCCAGAGGAAGUGCGCCGGUUCUCCGUCUGCGCGUCCCUACUUCCUGCUCAGAGGAGGGAGAGAGAAAAGCAGCGGAUCCGCUUUCAGAAGCAGCAGCAGCAGCAGCAGCAGCAUGGAGUCUCAUAACAACACACACUCUUCCCCACUGUAAGACGAAAACAACACUCCCACAAAGCUCACGCCCGGGCAGACGGACAGAGAAUCGGCCGCCGUCCACAGCUGGGUCACCCGUGUCUGUGGUGGUAUCACCAUCAUGGAGAGCUCCAUCACGCUCUGGCAGUUUCUGCUGCAGCUUCUCCUCGACCAAAGCCACAAACACCUCAUCUGCUGGACGUCCAACGACGGCGAGUUCAAGCUGCUCAAGUCAGAGGAAGUGGCCAAACUGUGGGGUUUGCGCAAGAACAAGACCAACAUGAACUAUGACAAACUAAGCAGAGCCCUGCGCUACUACUAUGACAAGAACAUCAUCAAGAAGGUGAUUGGCCAGAAGUUCGUCUACAAGUUUGUGUCCUUCCCUGAGAUUCUGAAGAUGGACCCCGCGAUGGUGGAGUUCGGUCGCAGCAGUGAGGAAAGUGCGGAGGCGACGUCGGAGCCUGAUGCUGAAGACGAGGAUGUCGGCGGCAGAAACGAGUACCUCCACUCUGGCCUGUACUCCUCCUUCACCGUCAGCUCCCUGCAGCAAUCCUCAGAACCUCACCGGCCCAUCAAAAUGGAGCCCAGGUCUGAUCGCCAUGACGACAGUUCCUCUGUCAUCCGGUUUAUAACUAACCGUGGCCACUCCUCCCUCCCGCCCACCCCGCCCCUAUCCACUGACACCUCACACUCCUCCAAGCUGUCCCCUGGACAAGUCUGCUCCUGCUCCUCCUCCCCCUCCCCGCAACAAAGCCCCACCCACACAAAAUGGAGGCAGCGGAGUCAAAGCACAGACACUGAUGAGUUAGAGCACAGUGUUCAACCCCUAAACCUGUCGUCGGGUCAGAGAGAGAGGGAGAGGUCACAGCGGACCACCACACCAGAGCGGAGGGGAUUGGCCAGCAGUGGGAAUACUUCCAAGAGCAGGAAACCCAGAGACUUGGAUAUCUCCGCCCCCUCCCUCCUCCUGACAGGAAGUGACUUUGUCUCCAUCGCCCUCAACAGCCCGGCACUACCUUCUGGGUCGCUGACCCCUGCCUUCCUCACGGCACAGACUCCGUCUGGUCUGCUGCUCACUCCCAGCCCUCUACUCUCCAAUAUCCAUUUCUGGUCCAGCCUGAGUCCAGUGGGACCUCUCAGUCCUGCACAGCUUCACAGCCACGCCUCCCUCUUCCAGUUCCCCUCACUGUUGAAUGGACCCAUCCCAGUGCCUUUGCCCAGUUUGGACGCUCCCAGUCCCCUGCUGUUGUCUCCAAGUGCCCACAAGUCCUGAUGUCAGCCUGAGUCUCAUUAGAGAGAGACCCGGGCCAAACCAGACUGAGCCGGUCCAAUUCAGCACAGAUCAGGACUAAACCAAUCGGCCUGUGUCUCUGAUGAACAGCAGGCUUUGGCCCAAGACCUGAAACCUGUUUCUUUACAUUUACAAUAUGAAGAAACAGGAGCUUCACUCGGAAGCUUUGCUCUCUGAGAAGAGUAUUUUGCAUUUCUCCGUGUUUACUCGAGUUAAACUGCUUUACUGUUUUUUUCAGAUUCUCGUGAUCAUGCGCUUGUCAUCUCAUAUUUAUCUAAUCUCACGCCACUUGUUUCAAUCUUGUGUGACAAUACAAACAUCAUGUUGUUUUUUUUUAAAUUUCACUCACACAAUGCAGAUCAGAGGAAAUACCCCAAUGAGACUAUACUUAUAAAUGGUUUGUAUUUAGGUUAUUAAUUAGCUUCUUAACACUUGGUAAAUCAUUAGUAAGAUGCUAUAACACAUUAGAUAAAAUUGCAACAAUGAUUUGGUGCUUGCCAAAUUGUGAUCUCAUAUGUAUGUGCACUUUGAAGCCUUUGAUUUCAUAGCACUGGCACCAUUUAUACCUGUCAUAAAUGGAUAUAUUUAUGAGUUACACACUUUUAUAACUGCCGUAGGAACAAGUAUGUAAAUAAACAAGAACCCAUUCUUCAAAUUUGAUGUGGUUCACUGUUUACAAUUAAAACACGUUUGCCAUUUAUAGUAGUAACUUGAUACGAUUGAUAGUGAACAGAAACAGGAAAUAAUAAGAGCCCAGACCAAUGUGUGAAAACGUACAACUCCUAUAUGUUUGUUAAUUAUUUCGUAAAAUGAAUUUUAAUUUUGUUAAUUAUUCGUAAAAUUAUUUUUAAUUAGCCAAUUAUAAACUAUUUAUAAAUGUUUUCUAAGGUAGUUCUUAUGGUAACAAAAAAGGGUUUAUUUCUGUCUUGUUUGCAUCACCGGAGAUGAGUGAGUGGAAUUUUUUGUCUGAAUACAAAAUAUUCACUCACAUAUAAAUAUCUAUUUUACCCAAAGUGUAACAUUUAGCAGUUUUUCUUAUCUUUUGGGCAGAACCAGUCUGUUCUUUCAGCUGCCGUUUUGGACCAACAUGUUUGUACAGUAGCCCACAAUGGACAAACUAAACAGAGUUUUGAUGCCAAGUGAAGGCUUCAUAUGUUCUCCAUAACACUUGGAAGAGACGAGUGAGAUGAGAGAUAUACAACUUCAACAUGACACUUCACCAACACAUUUUACACACUGCACCUUUAAGCAAAACCUUAGCAAACUGGCUGCUGGCUAUAGCUUUAUAUCUUAUUGACAAGCAUCUGAGCCAAUAAGUCAACAAUCCCAAGAAAUUUCAAAAUCAUCCAAAUUUCAUCAUAUAACUGGGAGCAGAUUUGAAGGAUUAGACGCUACAGGCUUCAUAAGCCAGUAAAGACACCUUGGUAUGACUUUAUCUCUCAUUUUAAUAGUUUGCAAAUGUGAAAUACAGUCAAUCAGCGACAUCACAUUAACUCAGCUUGCAUUCCUACCUAAUCUAUCAUCUGGGGAUGUGAACAAAUGUGACAGGAGAUGAUGCAGCUCUAAAGAUGAUUGUUAUUUAAGUCAUUUCACACAAAAACAUUUUGUGACGACAGCUUCACUGACUCCUGGCAGAGCACCUGCUAGCCAGAGCAUUCACAGCGCUAUGGAAGUCCUCCUCGUGUAUCUGUAUCGCUUUGAUUUGAUCUCACGUGUACUUGACGCUGUGAACAUUUAUUUACGUUGCCGUCUCUUGCUUUUGUUUUUUUAAUGCACUGUGAUUUUACACCUUAUUUGUACCAGCUGUGCCUUCAAUAGUGUAUGUAAAUGUAUGUAUUAAGCUUUAAACAAGGUUGUAACAGACAUUCCAGGUCUAAAUUGCACAAAAGUGUUUUUUGUAAAACGGUUCCUGGUUAUUAUUUUUUAUAUAAAGAGAUUAACGGAAGUGUAUUCUCAGUGAUUUGCUUGUUUUAUUUAGAAAGAAGUUUUUUGGUUUGUGUUUUAUGUUUAAAUAAAAUGAAUAGCUUGUUCAUUUUCCCAGA